UUAUAAACACAGACCCCCACUUAAUCUCUACUCACAUCCAAGCUUCACUGAAUUCCCAACUCCUCAGAGCUAGAACAAGUUGAUCAAAUCAUCAGUUAAAGCUUGACAGUCAUGGCCUCCAUGCUAAUGGCAGCAACUGCUAGCUCCAGCACUCUUCUUAGACCAAACUCCAACUCUCUUAGGGAUGUUGUCCCCAUGGGACCUGGGAAAUACACCAUGGGGAAUGAGUUGUGGUAUGGACCAGACAGAGUGAAGUACUUGGGACCCUUUUCUGCUCAGACUCCUUCAUACCUCACCGGAGAAUUCCCCGGUGACUACGGAUGGGACACCGCAGGGUUGUCAGCUGACCCAGAGGCCUUUGCUAAGAACAGGGCUCUUGAGGUUAUCCACGGGCGGUGGGCAAUGCUCGGAGCAUUCGGCUGCAUCACCCCAGAAGUUCUUGAGAAAUGGGUGAGAGUGGACUUCAAAGAACCAGUCUGGUUCAAAGCCGGGGCUCAGAUUUUCUCAGAAGGUGGUCUUGACUAUUUAGGCAACCCCAACCUUGUCCACGCUCAGAGCAUCCUAGCAGUUCUUGGCUCCCAGGUCCUUCUCAUGGGACUUGUUGAGGGAUUCAGAAUCAACGGCCUAGACGGAGUUGGAGAGGGCAAUGAUCUGUACCCCGGCGGCCAAUACUUUGACCCACUGGGCCUUGCUGAUGACCCUGCCACAUUUGCUGAGCUCAAGGUGAAAGAGAUCAAGAAUGGGAGACUAGCCAUGUUCGCCAUGUUUGGUUUCUUUGUCCAAGCCAUUGUCACUGGUAAAGGUCCCCUAGAGAACGUCUUGGACCAUCUUGACAACCCUGUAGCCAACAAUGCUUGGGUCUACGCCACCAAGUUUGUGCCUGGAUCGUAAAUCGAGCUUGAGGCCGACAUCUAAUCUUGUCUGUGAAUCUAAUUGAAUCGAAAGCUUUAUGUGAAUGUACUUAUAAACAAGUUGCCAUCGGAUUUUUUAAAACUUCAUUGUAUGCAUCAGUACUUUCCGAUCAA